GAUUGAAAAACAAACUUUUGAUCGUACUUUUCGUCAAUUUUGCAGGUGAAUUUCGUCAUUAACAGCAAUAAAUGUUCCUUCAAAGCCAUUGUGAGUGUCCCAAAUCCUGUAAUUGCAUGAAAACUCCUCGAAAAUUGCCGAAAAUUCUUCCGACAAUGCUAUUACACAAUACAAGUGAAAGUUGAACGAAGACCGGUUCAAUGUUUUAUUGCUUUAAUGUUGUGUCUGUGUCUUGUUUACUUCAAUUCUGUAUCAAUUCGUACUGAAUUCGAGCUAUCGUGAGACACGUCGACAUUCUUUCGAUAAAAAAAAAUCCUCUUCCAAACAAUUGAAUUAAUUAUCGUUAGAUACAAAGUCUGUUUGUUGUUUAUUUUUAUCAUCUUUUGUGCAAUUGAACUUUGACCAACAACGUAGAUAACGAAAAAAAAUAAAAAUUGUCGCGAUUUAUUAUGUUAAGCGAGUCUUUUAGUUUAGAAAAUCCAGAAAUGUUGAAGUUUUUGUACGCAACACAACAAGCCGCUGCGAAGCAGUGUCUUGUUCCCGAACGUGCCUUGUUGCAACAAUUUUUGCGUGCGAACGUUUGCGCAGCAGUUCAAAGUCGUCCAAAAACAUCAGCUACAAAUCCGCAAGGGCUUCCUUACUUGCCUGUACCCAAAUUGGAAGAUACUUUAGCGAAAUUUCUCAAAUCAGUUGAACCGCAUUUGGAUUCAAAAGCUCUUGCAAGAACUCAAGCGCUCGCAAAAGAGUUUGAAACGGGCGUCGGACCGAAAUUACAAAAACUAUUGGAAGAACACGCUUCGAAGAAGGAAAAUUGGUUGAGCGAUUGGUGGUUGCAAUGCGCUUACCUCGAAUAUCGUGAUCCUGUCGUCGUUUGGUCAAGUCCCGGAUUAGUUUUUCCCCAAAGAAAGUUCAAAUCUGAGGAAGAUCGACUUGUUUUCACGUCAAAAGUCAUUUCCGCAGCUUUAACUUACAAGAAUUUAAUUGAUGCGAAGAAAAUUCCCACGGAAAUGGCAGGAAAAAUGCCUCUCGAUAUGCAACAAUACAACAAAAUCUUCGGUACGUGUCGUAUUCCGGGCUUAGAACGCGAUAAUUUGUCAUUCCAUCCCGAUUCGCGACACAUUGUGCUCGUCAUCGAUAACGAAUAUUACAAAAUUCCCGUUUUCAACAAGGCAAAAGAGGUUUUGAGUGAAAAUCAAAUUUUGUCUCAAAUCAAAAAAUGUUUGAACGAGCAAAAAGGAAGGAAAAUCAAAUCAGCUCCAAUUGGUUUACUCUCGACAGAUAAACGGGACAAUUGGGGCAAAGCGUAUGCCGAGUUGAUGAGCGAUCCGAAAAAUAAAGCUUCUGUGCGUGAAAUUCAAUCUUCACUUUUUACAAUUUCUUUGGAUAAGUUCAUGUCGUCGGAUAAAGAUGACAUUGUCACAGCUGAACAUCAAUUGAUUCAUGGCGGAGGAUCGAAAUUCAACGCAGGAAAUCGUUGGUAUGAUAAAACGCUUCAAUUGGUAGUUGGCAAUUCAGGAAUUAAUGGAUUAACGUACGAACAUUCGCCAGCAGAAGGAGGUCCAAUUGCUGUUUUGACGGAUUUUAUCAUUAAUUAUGUUGAUUCAAAUCGCAAGGAAAACGCAAAUGACGUCAAAGAUCUUCCGCAUCCCGAACACUUACCUUUGUACGCAAAUUCCUCUGUAAAAGAAGCUCUUUCUGUCGCUGCUUCAAACAUCGAUGCUCUCGUCGCCAAUUUAGACAUGAAUUAUUUGCACUUUACGAAAUACGGAAAGAAUUUCAUCAAAACGCAAAAAAUGAGUCCCGACAGUUACGUUCAAAUGGCAAUCCAAUAUGCCUUUUACCGCUUACACAAAGUUCCGGGAGCUCAUUACGAAUCAGCUCAAACGCGUCUUUAUGUGCACGGAAGAACUGAAACUAUUCGUUCUUGCUCCAACGAGUCUGUGGCAUUCGCAAAGGCAAUGACUGAGGGUCGAGAUGAAAAGGAAAAAGUCGAAAAAUUAAAAGCUGCUGUUAAUGCCCACAAAAAAUAUGUCGCCGCAGCUGUUCAAGGCUUCGGAGUCGAUCGUCAUUUGUUGGGAUUGAAAUUAAUUGCGAAUGCGAAUAAAAUUCCUUUGCCCGAAUUGUACACGGAUGAUGGUUACAAGAAAAGUUCUUACAUGCGAUUGUCUACGUCGAACGUUUCGUCGAAAUAUGAUGCCUUCAUGUGUUACGGACCUCUCGUUGAAGACGGUUACGGAUGUUGUUACAACUUGAAAAACGAUGAUUUGUGGUUUGGAGUCUCUUCGAUGCGCAGUUGCAAGGAAACCAACUCGGAAAAGUUCAAAGUUGUCUUGUCAGAGUGUUUGACUCACAUGUAUGAAUUGCUCUCGAAGCACGGAGAACCCCCAAAAAGCAAAUUGUAAAGAUAUUUUACUUCAAAUUAAUCGAAAAAAAUCAUUUUUAU